ACUUCAAAAGUUAAUCAUCGUUUCACGUUAAAGAUAAAAAUGAUAAAAUAAAUAUUAUUAAAUGAGUUUAAUGUAACUAAAGUAAAAAUGAAUAUAGAGCACGCAGCUAUAAACAUAUUGAAGCGAGGAGUAGAAUUAGACACAAAGAAACGAUAUACGGAAGCAUUGGUGUGUUAUCAAGAAGGACUACAGAUUUUAGUCGAUAAAAUGAAAGGUGAACCUGAUGAAUCACUGAGGUCAUAUUUGAGGAAGAAAGUCGAGGAAUACAUGAAUAGAGCUGAGACAAUAAAAAAGUUAGUUUUGCAACAAAAGGAGGCCGGCCAAUUUCAUGAACAAAUCCAUAUAGAGAACAAUUCAAUAGGGCAUAGCUACAAAACACUUUUCGGGAGGUUCCUUGAUGAAGAUGUUCAAUUUGUGAUUGUCGAAGACCCAUACAUUAGGUAUCAUCAUCAGUGUCAAAAUUUUCUGAAGCUCUCGGAAUUAUUAGUAAGGUCAUGUCCGAAUCUUAGUUACAUUGAACUCGUAACAGCAAGUGAUGCAAAGUCAGCGAACGAUCAGAAGAAUUGUUUUCAUAUCUUACAAAAUGAUUUGGGAAGACAUAAAAUUAAAUUAACUGUCAAAUAUUCAGAAACCUUACACGAUAGACAAAUUAUUCUGAGCUCAGGUUGGAUCAUCAAGAUCGGACGAGGUCUAGACUACUUCAAGGCUCCGGAGAACAAAUAUUGUCUAGGAGUGUUCGAAAUGGAUCUAAGACCCUGUUUGGAGACAACAGUAGAUAUAGUACACUCAAAGAAUGUGAGACAGAUUCAAAGUUAAACAAAAUUUUAGUUUCUAAAUCAAAAAAAGUAAUAAACCAAAAAAUUCUUGAAUAUAAAAACUUUGGAGGAACUUGAAAAACAAAAUUAAAACUGAAUAUUCUACAUUAAAUAUAGUUAAAACAAUAUUCUUGAAAUGGGAGCUCAAUUUAUAUUGGUUGUACUUGGCUGUAAAAAGCUGUGAUUUUAUAGUUAUACCGCACAUAUUAGCGAGAAAAGUUUAAUCAAGUUCAAUACAGUAGUGGUGCUAAAACGAACAAAACAUUAUGAUAUUUAUACGUAUAAGAAAAAAUUGUAUUUUGUUAUUUCUUGGUUUAUAAAAGAAUGUGAAAACUGGAAUUGUAAAAAAAAAUAGUAAUUAUACUUUUUUUUGUCUUCUGUAAUACGGUUCACCUGAUAGUGAGUGUUGACUGUCGCACAUGGACGACAGCAAUGUCUGGGGCACAGACUUUCUUUGAAGAAGGACAGCUUGCAAGGAUAGCGUUCAGGAAACACCAUAUAGGAGAAGUUCAUUCCAAAGCCGUUUGGUACGCGUUAAAAAAGAUUUCUCGAAACGCACUGUGGAUGAACUUUGCUCCGAUGGCGAGCAGGGCGAUGGUAAAAAUCAGUGUGCUUAGUGCUAGUUUUUAACGGCGUUUUAACAGCGCCCCUAGCGACAAACGUACGCAAACAUUCUAACUCCAUACAAAUUUGCGU